AUGGUACUGGAGGAGAACGAGUGUGACUCUAUCGUUGAGCCCCAAAUCACUGAGGAGCACAUAGAGACGUACUAUGGGAAUGUCCACUGCAUCAUGACAGGAACUCCAAGGGCGAACCUUCCUGCCAUCCUGACAUUUCAUGAUGUUGGACUGAACCACAAGUCCUGCUUUGAGACAAUGUUCAAACAUGAGGACAUGCGGGAAAUCGUCAGACAUUUGCCUGUUUGUCACGUUGAAGCACCGGGGCAACACGAGGGAGCCAAAACUCUGCAUUCUGUAUAUACCUACCCUACCAUGGACCAGCUUUCUGAAUCACUCCCUGUUGUCCUCAAACACUUUGGGUUGCGUAGGGUGAUUGGAGUGGGAGUUGGAGCUGGAGCUUACAUCCUGGCUAAAUUUGCUCUGAAUCAUCCCGAUCUGGUGGACGGAUUAGUUUUGAUCAACAUCAACCCCAACUCUGAAGGACUUAUAGAUUCUGUUGCAAGCAAGAUCACUGAAUGGACCCACACACUCCCGGACACAAUCCUCUCACACUUCUUUAGAAAGGAUGAGAUCGAGACUAACCAUGACCUCAUAGCUACAUACCGUCACUACAUCACAGCAACGAUGGACGAGUCCAACGUAAGUCAUUUCCUCCGCUCCUACAACAGCCGCAACGCCCUGGAGGUGGAGAGGCCCAUCCCUGGAGGAAACAUCAAUGCAAGGACGCUCAAGUGUGCCACUCUGCUGGUUGUAGGAGACAAUUCUCCGGUUGUGGAGGCUGUGGUCGACUGCAACUCUAAACUCGACCCCACCAAGACCACACUGCUCAAGAUGGCGGACUGUGGAGGACUUCCUCAGGCUGAUCAGCCAGCCAAAGUGAUUGAAGCCAUGAAAUAUUUCAUCCAGGGAAUGGGAUACUUGUCCAGCGCCAGCAUGACCAGACUUCGGUCACGGACGGCCUCCAGCUCCAGCAUCACCUCCUUCGAUGGCUCUCGGAGCCGCGCGCACACCAACGAGCUUCAGCAUGUCCAACCAAAUGUACACGCCACUGAGGAGAAGCGCGGGCACUCGCAAUCUGACGUCUCCAUGGAGAACAUUUCACACAGAAGUGCGGACCACAUCGUCUCAAAGUCCACUGAAGUGGCAUUCUAG